GGAAAGCUCCCCAAACUAGAUAGCCUAAUCUGCAAUCCCCCUCUCUCUUUCUCCCUAGCUUCUGAGCUCAAUAAGAGAGAAAAUAUAUUUCACCGAUGAUAGAGUCGGUCAUGGCCGUCCGUACCUCCACCGGAUUAUUCUCUCCGGCGACGUUACUCCAGUGUCGUCCUGCACUAAGCCCGGAGGAGGGAGUAAGCUGCUUCCGUUACGCUGCCCGCCGCGUUUUCCAGCCUCAACGUCUCAAGAAUACUGCCGGGAGUGGAUAUCUGAAGCACAACAAUGACUAUUUAACAAAGAAACACCCGAGGAAGAAUCGAACUCAAGCCACGGCCGAGUACGUAGAUUCAGCUUCAGAUCCAGAAAAGCAAACUGGCAAGUCAAGAUAUCAUCCUUCAGAAGAUAUUAGAGCCUCUCUUCCACAAAAUGCUGGAGGUUCCAGGCUUUCCCCUGCUGAAACUACUAGAACCAUCAUUGAGGUGAACAAUAAAGGAACCUUGAUGCUUACUGGUUCAACUGGUGAUGGAGUUCUUGAGAAUAUUCUCUGGCCAGACAUACCUUAUAUAACUGAUCAGAAUGGAAAUUUAUACUUUCAAGUUAAGGAGGAUGAGGAUGUCAUGCAGUCUGUUACCUCUGAAAAUAACUAUGUGCAAGUAAUAGUAGGUUUUGAUACGAUGGAGAUGAUCAAGGAAAUGGAGCUGAUGGGUCUAUCUGAUAGUGAUUUCGAAACUGAAGAUGAUGAAAGUGGAGGAGAAGAUGAUAGUGAGGAAGAUGGGGAUGAAGGAGAAGACGAUGAGGAGGAAUGGGUUGCUGUUCUAGAGGAUGAAGAUGAAGACGAAGAUGAUGAUGAUGAGGAUGACUAUGAUGAUGAUGAUGAUGAUGAAGAUGACGACGAAUCGCUUGGUGACUGGGCAAAACUGGAAACAAUGAGGAGCUGUCAUCCCAUGUUUUUUGCAAAGAGAAUGUCUGAGGUGGCUUCAAAUGAUCCUGUAGAUUGGAUGGAUCAGCCGUCUGCUGGGCUUGCCAUCCAGGGACUGUUGAGUCAUAUCUUAGUGGAAGAUUAUUCAGAUAUCCAACAGAAACUUGCUGACAUAAAAUCUACAAGUACCAGGGGAGACAAGAAUGAGCUUGAAGAGACUGAGAAGGCAGAUGGUGAUGAUGAAUCUGAGAAGACGAGAAAAGUGGUGGCGUUUUACAAGCUGGAGAUGAUAAGAGUUCAACUUAUUACAGCGCAAGGGGAUCAGACUGAAGUUGAAGUGGAAGAUGUGAGAAAAGCACAACCUGAUGUUAUUGCUCAUGGAUCAGCUGGAAUCAUAAACCGUUUACAAGAAGCUGGUGAUAAACUAGCUGAAGCACUUAGAUCUUUGUGUUGGAGAUACUACGGUAUUCAAGCUGAGGAAGUGAAGCUGAUAGGGUUAGAUUCCCUUGGUUUUGACCUCAGGCUUUGCGCAGGAGCAAAGAUUGAGUCAUUGCGGUUUGCAUUCUCGACACGGGCAACAUCAGAAGAUGACGCAGAGGAACAAAUAAAAGAACUAUUAUUCCCGACAAGAGACCCGUCGAAGCCGCCACUGGGAACAAGUCAGAAGGAGGCUUCUUAGUGCUCUCUAGUGAUCAUUUAAUGAAAGCUGCUAGGAGGAAACAGUAAUCCAAACUGCAAAUGCAUUGUCUGUGGGGCAAACAUGAACAAGGGUGGGUUGAAGCAUUCAAUUGAUUUCGAAGCUGUAAUUGCUGUUUCAAGUUUUUUUUUGGGUUUACUUUGCACAAAUUGAGCACUCUAGUUUCAACUCAUUCGUUAGCAAAGCUAUUGCAUCAAGAUUGACAUAGCUCAAAAUAAAUCCAUCUUAAAACUGUGAGAGUGGACAGUGACUGGACAAAUCUCUAAUCUCUUUUCUUGUUCAGCCUCU